AUGUCCGCAGUAUCUGUGUCGCUAAUGAUGUUCGUUGCGUACCCUCGUCCUGGAACGUACUAUGUCAUUAUGCGAAUACAUGGAACUGGGCCAAAUAUGCUUAACAAGCGUAGCCAGAACCAAAGUAAGGUUCUUGAGAGGACAGAAAUAGUGUGUGCUGAGCCAGCUCCUGAGUCUGAGUUCGAGAAGCCGCGUUGUGAUCGAAAGCCGAAGGUUGCCACUUUACAGCCUGAUACAAUUGCCAAUAUACAGCCAAUGCUGAUGCAAAUGCCAAUACUCUCGAGCACUCCGCCUGCCACGCAAUACCAAAUCCCGUACCGUGCCUCGCUCCCGUUCGCCUCUGCACAAGGUCAAUGCUAUUCCGGCUCCAUUGACAACAAUCAGUACGCCGAUGGCAUCAAUGCCGCUGAUAGCAACCAUCUUGAGCUGUCUAACAUCGUCGAUGUCUCGUUCCCCGUGCUGAGCACCAACAACUAG